CUUCAUUCCGUUUUUGUUCUCUAGGCCACCUGUUCGAGUGACUUCCCAACGGAGCUUGCUUCGGAAUAAGAGCUGUGAGCUCUUUUCCUAGAACAACUAAUCGAGAACAUUACACGGAGGAGUGAGGUAUGAGGGAAGGAGAAUUUAGGGGGAUUACAGCGUCCCUAAUCUCCAUGACUGGAAUGGAACUUCUUCUGAUUCUAUCCCUAUCAAUUUUAACUCUUGUUCUCGUAUGGCGUCUCGUCAACAAUAAGGAAAAAGAAGUAAAGCUUCCGCCAGGAAAAAUGGGUUGGCCUUUCCUCGGCGAAACGAUGGGUUAUUUGAAGCCUCAUCCAGCUACUUCCAUGGGAGAAUUCAUGGAGCAGCACAUAGCAAGGUAUGGCAAGAUCUACAAGUCGAAUUUGUUCGGUGAGCCAACGAUAGUUUCUGCAGAUGCGGGGCUAAACCGAUUCAUAUUACAGAACGAGGGUCGCUUGUUUGAAUGCAGUUAUCCAAGAAGCAUUGGCGAAAUUCUUGGGAAAUGGUCGAUGUUGGUUUUGGUUGCAGACAUGCACAGAGGCAUGAGGAUGAUCGCUGUUAACUUCAUGAGCAAUGUGAGGCUUCGGACGCAUUUCUUGCCGGAAGUGGAGAGGCACUGCUUACUGGUUCUAAUGUCUUGGGAGGAGAAUUCUACGUUUUCAGCUCUAGAUGAAAUAAAGAAGUUCACCUUCAAUUUGAUAGCGAAACAGAUAAUGAGCAUGGAUCCUGGAACGCCUGAGACCGAGCAGCUGAAGAGAGAGUACCUUACAUUCAUGAAAGGAGUGGUAUCAGUGCCUUUGAAUUUGCCUGGAACUGCAUAUAGGAUGGCCUUACAGUCAAGGUCGAGGAUUCUGAAAAUUAUCGAGCGAAAAAUGGAAGAAAGAAACCGAAAGAUGGGAGACGAAUGCCAGAGAAUAGAAGAAGAUGAUCUUCUUGGAUGGGUGUUGAAGCAUUCAAACCUGUCGACGGAGCAAAGUCUGGAUUUAAUACUAAGCUUACUUUUCGCCGGCCACGAAACUUCAUCUAUAGGCAUUUCUCUGGCUAUCUACUUCUUGCAUGACUGUCCGAAAGCAAUUCAACAGUUGAGGGAAGAGCACCUUAAAAUAGCUACAGACAAGAAACAAGCAGGAGAUCAGUCCCAAUUGAAUUGGGACGACUACAGGAAAAUGGAAUUCACCCAAUGUGUUAUAUGUGAGACGCUUCGUCUGGGCAGCGUCGUUAGAUUCGUACACAGAAAGGCUAUCAAAGACGUCCAGUACAAAGGUUUUGUGAUCCCAAGUGGGUGGAAAGUUCUUCCGGUGUUCACAGCGGUCCACUUGGAUCCUUCGAUCUACGACAACCCUCAAUGCUUCAAUCCCUGGAGAUGGCAGAACACCAGCAUGGCAGCAAGCAACAAUUUCAUGCCGUUUGGAGGUGGACCACGAUUGUGCGCCGGAGCAGAAUUGGCCAAAUUAGAGAUGGCUGUGUUCAUACAUCACCUAGUUCUGAAUUACGAAUGGGAGUUAGCGCUAGCCGAGCCCGACCAGGCACUCGCCUUCCCAUUCGUGGACUUCCCAAAAGGCCUACCCAUCAAGGUUCACAAAAUCCACCACAACCUCGGUCCAAUUUGACGAGAACAGGGCUCUUGUGUUGGACUUAGGCUGUUAGGCAUCAUCAAAGACAAACGUGGUCGGAAAGAAGAAGAGAAUAUCCCCUUCAUUAAUUGAUGAAAAGAUUGAAAGCCCAAGCCCAAGGGAACUCUCCCAACGGCUAAUGAAAUUAGUCUGUUGACUUUUUUUUUUCCUUUUUCUUUCUCUUUAAUACCUCAUACAGACAAUGGGGCCAAGUCAAGCACACAUUACAAAUACAUCAGGACCACUUCUCUCCUUAUUUUCGUAUCUUUCAAGCCUCUCAAUAAUGGGCUUGGGCCUAUUAUCCGUUCCGUGUGACAGGAAGCUGUGUUUUGUUUGUUUUGAUGUAAUUUUCUGUUCUGUCUAUAAAAAAAAUGUAAUUUUCGACUCGCAAGAACUUAAUAUCUAUGAAGGAAAAAAGGUCACUUCCUGGAUUCCGCUAGUCGGCUAGUGAUAAGUGAAUGACAAAACAAACAAUAAGGAAGGUGGAUCUUGUUUUGUCUUUUGGGCCCGUUUGUUGGUCUUGUAUGCUGUCGGCCUGCUAUCUUUAAUAAUUUUAAUGGGCCCAUUUGUAGGGUACCGAAAAAAUGUAUAGAUACGCAUUAUUAUCAAUUCAAGCUUUCCAAAUAGUUGUGCGCA